CUCCUCCGUCUCCACUCCAAACCUCGCCAUUAUUCUAUUGCUCGCAAGCCCAACAGGGACGCGUCUCUCUGCCUCCUCGCUUCCAUCGCACGUAGAGUACUACAAGAAGAAGAGCCGCAUCGGGCUGCCCGGUCUGGACUCCCGCGACGACUAGCGAGAGCUGCCUACAUAUAGCUAGCUUCCAAGGAUUGGAUUUGGAGGAGAGGCGGCUCGAUUCCGAGGAGGAAGAAGAAGCUGCAAGAGCACGCAAAGCGGGACGUCUCGUUCUCGUCUCGAGUGGACGCCGAGGGAAAGUGGGAGAUUUUGCGGCCGCGAAUUUGAUUGAUCGAGUGAUGCUCUGGGGCCUUGUCGGCUCAUGGCGAUCUCGGACACCAGCGGCGGGGCUCGCCACGUGAGGUGCCCCAGGUGCCGCAGCGUCCUCCAGGAGCCCGCCGGCGUCCCCGUGUACCAAUGCGGCGGGUGCGGCGCCAGCCUCCGAGCGAAACUUCCCGGCGGCGACACGCGCGGCGCGUCCGUCAGCGCUGCUCCGUCCACGGAGAGCGUCCUGCCGUCUCCUCGCCGGAGCCAGGCUCAGAGCGGCCAGUUGGGCGGCUCCGGGGAUGUCGCGAGCACCAGUGGCACGACUCCUGACGCCCCGAGCACCAGCUACCGAGGCGCCGGCACGACGAGCCGACGCGAGGCCGGUGAUCUCACGCCGCCGGUCGUUGAGAGGAAGGGGCGUGAUCACCACCGGAGUGCCGAUCAGGCGGAAGCUGCUGGCAGUUCUCAACCGCGCAUCACAAGGGGUGCGGUCAGUGCUCCCAACGCCAGUGCUGCCCCGUCUUCAGCGAGUGUCCUGCCGUCUCCUCGCCGGAGCCAGACUAAGAGCAGCCACUUUGGCUCCGGGGAUGUCGCGAGCACCAGCGCCCCCGCCCCGACUCCUGAUGUUCGAACCACCAGCCCCCGGGACGCCGGCACGACAAGCCGACGCGAGACCGGCAGGGCCGUGGGCACGAGCGGCGAUCAAACGCCAGCGAGGAAGCAUCACUCCUCGGCGCAAUCGCCGCCGAUCGUCGAGAAGAAGGGGCAUGAUCACCAUCACCGGAGUGCCGAUCAGGAGGAAGCUGGUGGCAGCUCCGAACAUCGCAGGGGGAGGGGCGCGGUCAGUGCUCCCGCCGCCGGUGCAAACUUCGCCGAGAUGCGAGGUUCAGAGAGGGCACGUGAUGCCGAGCCUGAAACUGAUGCCGCGAGGAAGAAAAGUCCAAGUCCAAGCAGAGCGGAAGCUGCGCCAAUGCCUGAUCGCGCCGCGGAUUCCCGGUCUGCGCCGGCAGCGGCGAGCUGGAAACGGCGAGACGAUGCCGCGGCGGCGCAGGUGCCGGCUGUGACGGAGGAAAAGGCACCGAGCCCUCCUCGGCACGCGCCGCAGAAGAUGAGUCCCCUCCACGAGAAGAUCCUGAAGACGGUGGACGAGCUCAAAGGCGACCUCUCCGAGCUCUUCAGCCAGCCUCCGGAGGCCAAGCCAAGGACACCAUCGCGUCCGCCUCGUCGUCCCAGGCAAGAAGGCCACGCCCCUCACCCGGCCGUCCCUACCAGCAGAGCUCGCCAUGCCACCACCGCGGCCGCUCUGCACCACCGCGGCAACGCGGGCAAGCACGGACAGGCUACCCUCCGCGGUCUGCCGUCGCGGCGGUAUCGCCGGUGCAGGGCUGACCCGUGCGGCGGCCACGACGCGCGCCCGGCAGGAGCAUGCCGGCACAGCUGCUGCGACCACGUCAGGCCUGAGUGCGGCAGCUGCAGGGGGCACUGCUGCCGCCCGUCGAGAGCGCAGGAGCCCGCGCGGCCGGCCGCAGCGGAGGCCAAGAAGCGCGCGCCGCCGCCGAGGCACCACUGCCGGCCGGUCCUGAAGGGCGCGCCGUUCAUCGUCUGCUCCAGCUGCUUCACGCUCGUCCAGGUGCCCGCGGGGUUCGCCGUGGCGAGCGCCAAGGUGCGCGACCUGCGGUGCGGCGCCUGCUCGGCCGUGCUCUCCUACUCCUACCGCGACCCGGACAGGAAGAAGCCCGCCGACGAGUGCAGCACGGCCGGCUCCUCCCCCGCGCGCCACGUCGGCGCGCGGCCGGACCUGUUCUCGUUCUUCGAGGACUUCGCGGCGGAGUACGGGGCGAGCAGCUACUCCACCACGGAGGACGAGCAGCCGCUGCACGUGUCGAGGAACUCGUCCUUCGACACCGUCGUCGCGGCGGGGGAGGAGGCGGCGGCGGCGCGGCGGCACAGCCACAGCCUGCACCGUCUCAUGGGGUACGGCUCGGCGAGCGAGCUGCUGCUGCGGCGCUCCCCGAGCCUGUACGAGUACGGGAGCCCCGGCAAGAGGUCGACGCCGCCGUCGGACGCCAGCAGGCGGCACGACGACAGGAAGGGGAAGGGCAUCUGCGUGGAGGACUUCACCGGCGACGAGGACUCGGACGACAGUUGCACGCUGAGGCGGUCGAACGGGAGAAGAUCUGGCUGGACGCCCGGCCACGGGGUUCCGGCGGCGGGAGCCAUCAGGAUCAGGUAGCGGCAGAGGAGCUCGGCUCGUCGUAUAUACUGUAGAAAGAAGGUAGUUUCAGUUCAGGCCAUGGAAUUCUGAUGGUAUUUUUCGGGUGUUGGAAUUCUGAUAGACAGAGUGGAUUGUUGUUUAGAUUUACCGUUUGGUUAGAUUGGUGAGGUGGUGUGCACAUUUGGUUGAUUUCUUCAUUUUUGAGUGCAACGAUGUUGCAGAAGUGUAGAUACUCAGUCUCUCAAUGUUGUGAUUCUCAGGAUAAGGGAAGAUCUAGCGAAGAUCUUCAGGUCCUUUCUGAAAGUUUUAACUGACCAAGUACAGUUCUAAAAUCAA